CAUUCGAACGCGAUGGUUUCCUACUGGCCGGUGCUGAUCGUUCUGUGCCUUCUUCCAAUUUGUCAUGCUAAAAGCUAUUUUGCCGACUUCGUUAAUGGAAAGGGACCUUUCAAACAAGCAGAUGCCCUAAAAUUCAUGGACAAAAUGACCAUUUUGAACAAACUUCAAGCUGAUAUUCUUGGCAUUCCACAACCCGAUGAAUUUUCAGCGUUGGAUUUUGAAGACAAAAUUGAAAGCAAACCCGAUGAAAUUCCGUAUCUUUUCGAAGGAGACAUGGUACUUACCGAUGAACAAAUGGAUUUGAUUAUUAAAAACGUCCGUGAUCAAUACUGGGCUCGCAAAUCUUCAACUAAUGAAUUCCUCUACGCAAUUCGUGGAAAGAGAUCAAUGACUUCAUUCUUGUCAGAACGUUGGUCAUUCCCAGUGCCAUACUAUAUUGAUACAUCAUCAGGAGUAAACACGAAUGCGGUUCUGGCCGGAGUAGCAAAAUGGGAGCAGGAAACGUGCGCAAGAUUCACAAGAUUGAAUAGUUAUAGUUCCUCGUCGAGGCAAAAUGCCUUAAGAUUCAUAUCUGGCAACGGGUGUUAUUCGAAUAUUGGCAAGGUGAGCCGAUUUCCUCAAGACGUGUCAAUUGGAUGGGGAUGCACCUCGCUUGGAACAGUGUGCCAUGAAAUAGGUCACGCCCUUGGAUUCUACCACGAACAAGCUCGUUACGAUCGUGAUGACUAUGUUUCAAUUCUCACCCAAAACAUUCAAGACAUGUAUCUUUCUCAAUUUACGAAACAGUCCGCAUCUAGUAUGGUAGACUACGGAGUUGGCUACGAUUACGGAUCUGUUAUGCAUUAUGACCAGGCGGCGUUCUCCUCUACCGGCGGAAACACAAUUGCUACACGUGAUCCAAACUUUCAAGCAACUAUUGGGCAGAGAGUCGCUCCAUCUUUUGCAGAUGUCAAGAGAAUUAACUUUGCUUAUUGUAAUUCUACUUGUUCUAAUUACCUCGACUGUCAAAAUGGUGGGUACAUCAAUCCAAAUGACUGUAACAACUGCAAAUGUCCACCUGGUUUCGGUGGACAACUUUGUGAUGUUGCCGGAACCAAUAGUAAUGGGUGUGGUGCAGGAGAUAUCACUGCGACAAGUUCCAUUCAAACUAUUUCUGCAUCAGGUGCCUUGACUUGUAAUUAUGUUAUCAAGGCCCCAGUUGGCGCAAAAGUCUACUUCCAAAUGACAGCUGCCACAUUCUCCCGAUACUCUCCAUGCACCACCAACUACCUGGAAAUCAACUACGGAAGAGAUUUCAGCAGAGUUGGAGCACGAUUCUGUGCAUCUUAUCCAACUAUCUCCUUAUCUGAAACCAAUACUCUUGUUGUGAUUUAUAAAGGAGUAAACGGAGCGAGGUUCUCAUUGAACUAUCGUUAUGAUCCUGUAACUUUUUCAACAUCUGCCCCAACAACCACUUCCACCACCACGACCACGGCUCCAAUAACGGUUCCAACCGUUUCCCCAACUACAACUACUACCAGGCAAACCACAACUACCGCUCGCACAUCUACAACAACCACCACUACCCAAGCUCCACCUACGACCACCACGUCAACAUCGCAAUGUGCAUCCUGGUCGGCUUGUUCCGCACAAUGUGGAGGAUGUGGAACUCAAUCGAGAAGAUGCGGUACCUACGUGGAAACUGUCUACUGUAACACCAACCCAUGUACUGGAGGAUAUUGCUGCCGUCCGUUCUUCUACGUAACAUCGUUCGGCACUGGAUACUGUAGACGGCCAGGAGCAGAUACACCAGCGGCUCCACAACGAUAUGUUGAGCAGAGAAAAGGCUAACUUUUAGAUAAUUUCUCAAUGUUCUUUCAAUACCAAUCUCAACAGUAUUUUGAUCAAUAACAAUAUUUAAAAUUUUAAUUUAUCUAAUAAAUACCUUUUUUCAUCUUA